AUCGGCUGGAUUGGCUGGCUGGCUACUUGCACCGGCGGAAAGGCAUCGGGGCUGAGUAGCUCCGCCGAAGACGGCGUCUUCGACUGCUGGCCUGUCGCUUUGCUGGGAAGUCAUAGUUAUGGCCACGUUCGUUCAAGACCACUUUCUGUUAGACGAUCCCGCGUACAAGAAGCUCCGCGAAUACUAUGACUCCGAUGGCAAAAAGCUCAGGAUUCUGGAGCUCUUCCAGAAGGAUCCUCAUCGGUUCAAGAAAUUCAGCAUUAAGUUAGAUACACCAGAUUCUGGCGUCCUCUUGUUUGACUUCUCCAAGAACAUCAUAAAUGAAGAAAUUAUGGCGAAACUAUUUGACCUCGUCAGGUCACGUAAGGUCACAUUGGCCCGUGAUGCAAUGUUUCGUGGGGAAAAGAUCAACUUCACUGAAGGGAGGGCAGUGCUUCACGUUGCAUUGCGAAACCGCAGCAAUACUCCCAUCUUCGUGGAUGGAAAGGAUGUGAUGCCUGGUGUUAAUGCUGUGUUAAAACAUAUGCGGGAAUUCUCAGACUGUGUCCGUAAGGGAGAAUGGAAGGGCUACACAGGGAAAUCCAUCACUGAUGUUGUGAAUAUUGGAAUUGGAGGCUCCGACCUUGGUCCUCACAUGGUGACUGAGGCACUGAGGCCCUACCAGUGUGGUCCAAAUGUUCACUUUGUCUCCAACAUUGAUGGCACACACCUUGCAGUGACUCUAAAAAACCUGAGUGCUGAGACGACUCUGUUCAUCAUUGCAUCAAAGACAUUUACCACCCAAGAAACUGUCACAAAUGCUCAUUCAGCAAAGGAGUGGCUGAUGAAUCACACGAAGAAUCCGGCUGAUGUUGCAAAACACUUUGUGGCGCUUUCAACGAAUGCUCCUAAAGUGAAGGAAUUUGGUAUUGAUGAGAAGAAUAUGUUUGAGUUUUGGGAUUGGGUUGGCGGCCGGUAUUCGCUCUGGUCAGCUAUUGGACUCUCCAUCGCUGUUUUUGUUGGUAUGGACAACUUUGAGAAGCUACUCAGUGGGGCUCACUUUAUGGACAAACAUUUCCUGAAUACUCCUGUGGAGCAAAAUAUACCAAUUAUCCUUGCUGUGAUUGGAUUUUGGUACUACAACUGUUUUGGAGCAGAGAGCCAAGCCCUUUUGCCUUAUGAUCAGUACAUGCACAGAUUUGCAGCCUACUUUCAGCAGGGUGACAUGGAGUCUAACGGCAAAUACGUUACUCGGAGUGGACAGAGAGUAGCAUAUACAACAGGACCCAUUGUCUGGGGUGAACCAGGCACCAAUGGCCAGCAUGCUUUCUACCAACUCAUUCACCAGGGCACUCGCAUGAUUCCCUGUGACUUCAUUGCACCAAUCAAAACUCACAACCCAAUCAGUCAUGGAAUUCAUCAGGAGUAUUUGUUGGCUAACUUCCUUGCUCAGCCAGAGGCUCUCAUGAAAGGAAAAACAAAAGAAGAAGCCAGAGCUGAGUUGGAAAAAACUGGAAUGAAUAAAGAUCUACUUGAGAAAAUUCUUCCACACAAGGUUUUUGAAGGCAACAGACCGACUAACUCGAUCCUUGUCGAUAAGCUAACACCAUUCAACCUAGGAAUGCUGAUUGCAAUGUAUGAGCAUAAGAUCUUCACUCUUGGUGUCAUAUGGGACAUCAAUUCCUUUGAUCAGUGGGGCGUUGAACUUGGCAAGCAACUGGCCAAAGUCAUCGAGCCAGAGCUGAAAGGCAAGAAUGAAGUGUCUACUCAUGAUUCAUCGACAAAUGGCCUGAUCAACUUCAUCAAGUCCUACAACUAGUAGCUUUUCUCUGGUGGCUUGGUGGUGUUAAAUUUACUUAACCAUUCAAAGCAACAUUUUCAGCUGAGCAACUAACUUACAAUAAAAGUAGUAAUCUGGAAGCUGUGCGAGGCGUGUCAAUGGGGCUUGCACUGCGAACAUAUUCUAAAUUUUUUAGAUAAUAUUAUGCAAAAGAAAUAAAUGUAUGUUUAGGAAACUGCAGACAUUAUAUUGCGUAAAGAAUUAUAUGUUUAGUUUUGAUCAGUUUCUGGUUCUGCAACAUCUGUGGUAAAGUGCUGCUGGUGUUCAGAUACCAUAAAUGCAAAUAAUGGUUAGUAAGAUAUUCAGGGAGAAUGCUACUUGAGUGAUACUGCUCCAGUAGGGAGCAUGUAUGCAACUUCAAUAAAAGUUAUUGCUCAGUGUGUGCUGUUUGUGUUUCGAGCACAUGCUCACUAUACCAAUACAUUUUGCAAUAGAUCUGAUACAGGUAAAUGAUAAAUACAACUCUAUAUGCACAGGUUGUGGUGUAUAUUCUAGUUAGUACUUUCUCUAGUUUUGUUUAGUAAGUCACUUGUUAGAAUUCAUAUGUGUGUGUUGUACAACUGUGGUGUAUUUAAGAAAAAUAAAUUAUUGGCAUGUUGGUCAACCUGUCUUGGAUAAAUUGGA